AUAUGGGGGAAACACAGUGCUGAUACAUCUAAAAUGUCUCCGAUAAAGGACCUGCAUCUCGUCUAUGAAUAUCUAAAUGAAGAUGGGACAUUUUCUGAAGGAGAUACUAUCACAGGCACAGUCAGUUUUACUGUGACAGAAGCAACCAAAGUGAAGGGGCUGAUGGUGAAAGCAAAAGGAGAUGUGAAUGUGCACUGGACACGUGGCUCUGGGGAUAGCAAGAAAUCAUACAGUGCGCACGAGAGAUACUUCAAAGUCAAAGAGUACCUGAUUGCAGAAACUGGUACUGAUCUCCCCAAAGGAGACCAUCGCUUUUCGUUUCAUCUUCAAAUCCCACAGGGGGACAUGCCGUCAUCCUUCAAGGGGAUUCAUGGUAAAAUUGUUUAUAUCCUUGAAGCAAAGAUGUCCAGGAGCUGGCGGUGGCCCACUACAGUAAAAGAAGAGCUCAAAUUUGUUUCAAAAAAUCUUCUGCAUCUUGGCCAGGUAAUGUGUCCCCAGUCUGGUUCAGUGGACAAAGAGACGGGGGUUUUCUCCAAAAGAUUGGUCCAAAUGUCUGCUACAGUUGACAGGAAGUUCUGCUCUCCAGGUGACACAAUAUCUAUUGUUGCCCAAAUCAGCAACUCCUCUUCCAAAGAAAUGAAGCCCAAAUUCAGUUUAAAUCAGAAGGUAGUGUACCAUGCCAGUGGCUCCACUCAAACUGAUGACCAAUGUCUGUGCAAAAUGAUCGGAGAGGUUAUCACAGAGAAGUCAGAGAGAACUGUGACCUGCCAAAUGGAGAUUCCUCCUGAUGUCCUCUACGCUCUCCAUAACUGUGAACAUAUCUCAGUUGAACAUUACCUCAAGGUGUAUUUGGACAUCAGUUUUGCCUUCGACCCAGAGGUGGUGUUUCCACUGGGCAUCGUUCCUUCUAGCAUGGCCUCCCUUCAGCCUGAUGAGGCUGCGGAGCCUUACUCAGCAUGGGGUGCUGGAGCCCCAGGUUACAGCUACUUCCCUCCCCCUGCAGUCCCUAUGUGACCUUGUCCUAUAUCCCCUGGCUCAGGUGCUUAUGGAUACCCGGCACCAGAUCCCACUCAACAUGCAAGAGAUAGAUAGUUAAGUAGAGCAUUGUAUCAGAUUCAGAAUCAGAAUCAGAAAUACUUUAUUGAUCC